AUGCCUCACACUACUCUUCACGUAGAUGCAAUCCUCUUUGAUAUGGACGGCACUUUGGUUGACUCGACCGCAGGUGUGGUCGGCGCUUGGGAGCUGUUCCGGCAAACCUACCCAACCAUCGACGUACACAACAUUUUGAGCUCUGCGCAUGGAGUUCGUACCGUCGACAAUUUGAGAAAAUAUUGCGGUAUUGAAGAUCCCGAGAUCCUGGAAGCAGAGUCGGCAAGAUUUGAACAGGCGAUCGUCACCUCUUCAACCCAAGGUGGUCGCCAGGGCAUUGUCCUUUUACCGGGAGUUAAACCUAUCAUGGAGGAGAUCGCUCCUGGACGAUAUGGACCCAAGCCAUGCUGGGCCAUUUGCACAUCUGCUACCCGGGACUACGCGACUUCCGCCCUGAACACCGCAGGCAUCCCUAUACCAGAUGUCUUCGUUGCAUCCGAAGAUGUAUCACAGGGGAAACCGUUUCCAGAUCCCUACCUCCUUGGCGCUAAAUUAUCUGGCGUGAAGCCUGAAAACUGUAUUGUCUUCGAAGACGCGCCUAAUGGUGUUCGUAGCGGGCGUGACGCCGGAUGCAAAACUGUUGCUUUGCUUACAACUCACUCCCGGGAACAGCUGGAAGCUGCCAAACCAGAUUACAUCGUGAAGGACCUUUCAAGUGUUUCGAUUACGCGCACUGCGACAGGGGUAUCAGUCACACUCCAAACCCUUUGA